AUGAUUGUGCGCGGCGUUUCUCGGUGCUCCACGAAGCUCCGAAUUCCCUUCGCCAAAACGAAUGCCACGCGCGCCCGACCACAAUGCCGACGAUUCGCGAUGCCUUCUGCCGGUACCCCAACGGCCUCGAGUUCUGGUAACACUGCCGGCAUGCUUGCGCCCUUCGCGACCGAGCUCGACAAGAUUGCGCCGUCCUUCAGCAUUAAUGGGUCGCAAAUUCGGAUCAUCAGGACGCCGGCCGAUUUUUAUGAGACACUAAAGGAGCGGAUACGGAACGCGAAAAGCAGGAUAUUUCUGUCUACACUUUACAUCGGAAAGACGGAGAAGGAGCUGAUCGCGACUUUACACGAAGCUUUACGGAACAACCCCAACCUGAAGCUCAGCAUUCUUACCGACGCCCUGCGCGGUACCCGCGAGGAGCCGAACCCAUCUUGCGCAUCCCUCCUUGCACCCCUCGUUUCCGAGUUUGGCGCCGACAGAGUCGAGAUUCGAAUGUACCACACACCCAACCUGACCGGCGUGAGAAAGAAGUAUAUCCCCAAGCGAAUCAACGAGGGAUGGGGCCUGCAGCACAUGAAGCUUUACGGUGUGGAUGAUGAGAUAAUCCUGUCUGGGGCAAACCUCUCCUCCGAUUAUUUCACAAAUCGGCAAGAUCGCUACCACCUCUUCUCCUCCAAGGAGGUAACGGACUAUUUCUGGAACAUCCACAAUGGCGUGUCUUCCUUCAGCUUUCUCGUCGAGCCAUCAAAAGAGCCCGCUGGGUUCACCUUGACCUGGCCCAAGUCCAAUCCCGCACCGUCACCCCUGAAAGAGCCGAAGCAGUUCAUCGGCACCACCACGCCGACCCUUGACGCUCUGAUCUCACCCAAGCAAACCACCUCGGCAGAUACAGGCAAAGACACCAAGGUGUAUAUGCUGGCCCAGCUGUCCCAGCUCAUGAAGCCCAAUACCUCGACGGAGCUCCCUGCCAUUACCCACGUGCUAUCGACGCUCGGCAAGCCCGAAUACAAUGGCUCAUCGUGGACUUUCACCGCAGGCUACUUCAAUCCCGCACCUUCACUAACCAAACUGCUACUCUCGACUGCGUCGCAAAACAACGUCGUUAUCACCGCUUCGCAGCAGGCAAACGGGUUUUACCAGUCUCCUGGCGUUUCUGGACUCUUGCCCGGCGCCUACACGCUCCUCGCGCGCCGUUUCGUCCGCGCCGUGCACGAGCGCAAGCUCGACGAUUCCAUCGUGCUCAAGGAGUGGCGCAAGGGGACUGUCGGCGAGCCCGACGGCUGGACCUACCACGCCAAGGGUCUCUGGAUCACAUUGCCGGGAGAGCGGAAUCCAUCGAUCAGCGUCGUGGGAAGCUCCAACUACACGAAGCGCAGCUACACCCACGACCUCGAGGCCGGCGCCAUGAUCCUGACCAAAGACGAGGACCUCAAGAGGCGUCUGGGCGAGGAGCAGACCUGGCUCCAAGACCACGCCGAGCGCGUCACUCGCGAGGAUUUCUCGAAGAACGAGAGACGGGUUGGCCUCCAGGUGAGGAUAGCGAUGUGGAUCGCGCAGGCGGUGGGCGGUGCUUUGUAA